CGUGCGGACGCGCGCGCUGAGAGUGGCGACGCUGCCCAAACAAAGAGCCAGGAGACACGCGCGCACACGCACACGCACAGAGGCAUCACUGCUGCAGCAGCACAGAAUCUCUCCCACUCACACACCUCCAGUGCAGUAGACAAAUUAUCCUCAACCUACAGCCAACAUGACGUCUAACGGAACCAGCGACAUGCUGACCAUCCAAUUUGGACUCAUCAAUUGUGGAAACAAAUACCUAACGGCUGAGACGUUCGGCUUCAAGAUCAACGCGUCCGCCACGAGCAUGAAGAAGAAACAAAUCUGGACGCUGGAGCAGGACGGUGAUGACUCGAACGUGUUCUUCUUGAAGAGCCACCUGGGCCGCUACAUCGCCGCCGACAAGGAUGGCAACGUGACCGGAGACACCGAGGCGCCCAACGACGACUGCCGCUUUGUGGUAACGGCGCACGAUGACGGCCGCUGGUCCCUGCAGUCCGAGCCGCACCGGCGCUACCUGGGCGGCACCGAGGACCGCAUCACAUGCUUCGCGCAAAGCUCGGGCCACGCGGAGAAAUGGAGCGUGCACAUCGCCAUGCACCCGCAGCUCAACCUGUUCAGCGUGACGCGCAAAAGGUACGCGCACCUGAGCGCCAAGGACGACGAGGUGGCUAUCGACCGCGACGUGCCGUGGGGUGUAGACUCUCUCAUCACACUCGUCUUCCAUGAGCAAAAGUAUCACCUGCAGACCUCGGACAACCGGUUCCUCAAAAACGAUGGCACCCUGGCGCAGAAGCCUGACAAGAGCACCGGCUACACGCUGGAGUUCCGCUCGGGUAAGGUCGCCUUCAGGGACGGUGUGGGGAAAUACCUGGCCCCAUCCGGACCCAGCGGCACCAUGAAGUCCGGCAAGAGCACCAAAGUAGGCAAGGACGAGCUCUUCAUCUUGGAGCAAAGCCACCCUCAAGUAGUGCUCACUGCUGCUAAUGACAGGAAUGUGUCCACCAGGCAAGGAAUGGACCUGUCUGCCAACCAGGAUGAAGAGAGCGAUCAAGAGACCUUUCAGAUGGAGAUCAGCAAAGAUACAAAAAAGUGCUCUUUCAGGACCUGCACUGGAAAAUACUGGACCUUGACAGCUAAUGGUGGACUGCAGUGUACUGCUUCUACCAAGACUGCCAACUGCUAUUUCGAUAUUGAAUGGCGAGGCAAGAAAAUUACUCUCCGUGCCUCCAAUGGAAAAUACGUGGCAGCCAAAAAGAAUGGGCAGCUGGCUGCUACCGUUGAUUCUGCAGGAGAGUCUGAGGAAUUCUUGAUGAAGCUGAUCAACAGGCCAAUCAUUGUGCUGAGGGGAGAGCACGGCUUCAUCGGCUGCAGGAAGGUCACUGGGACUCUGGACUCCAACCGAUCCUCCUACGAUGUCUUUGGCCUGGAGUUUCGUGAUGGUGCCUACAGUCUCCAGGAUUCCACUGGGAAAUACUGGAUGGUAGGAAGUGAGUCUUCUGUUGUGAGCAGCAGUGAUACCCCAGUCGAUUUCUUCAUGGAGUUCUGUGACUACAGCAAGGUGGCCAUCAAGUCACUGGAAGGGAAGUACCUGAAAGGAGACCAUGCUGGUGUUCUGAAGGCGAAUGCUGAUGACCUGGACAGCUCCACUAUGUGGGAGUAUUAGAAACCCUCAAGUGACCACCAUUUUGUUUUGUUUUUUUGUUUUUGUUUCCCUACAUAUUAAAUCUGAUGUUUUUUUCACCAUGAGCACAAAAGUGGGUAGGAGAGUAAAAUGAAGGUCUAAGAGUUGAAGCAGUUUGGGUGGUUUAAAUAAACUCCAGUGAUAAAUACUCUCUUUAAAAUAAGCAUAUUCAUUCUCCAGCAUUCUGGUGCCAUGGAAUACUAGCAGUGUUACGCAGAUUUCAUAGGCCAAAACUUAAUGUGUGUCAGCGCUAAAUUUCUAGAGGUUGCUUUUAUCUGCUCCCUAGAUUUCGUAUACUGUGGUAAAGUCUUGUGGUUUGUUAACUGAUUUGACUGGAAUUAAAAAUUGAUGCCGAGUCUGAGGAGAAGUUUGUACCCAGUGUUCUCACAGGUUUGCUGGAUCUCCUCAGAGACAAAUUUUGGGUGGGAUUUUUUGCAAUCCCUUUCCUUGUCUUUGCACAGUUCUGUAAGAGCCUUUCUCUUUCAAUAUGUUGUGUUUUAGGAGAACGUUGUGUUUACUGAUGCCUUGUCAAACUCUGUGAGGAUUAGCAUUUUUCCGGUCAUAACCUUCUCUAUAAUAUUGCCAGGCGUUAGAAUCCCAUUGACCAGAAACGGCAAUAUUUAUUGGUAGUUGUAUGAAUGUUGAUGUAUGACUGUCUUGCCAUACACAGUUCUAACGUGUGUCCUUUAACCACUGGAAUGUCCUGUUUUCGGCACUGAAGAUGACUCUGACCCGGUUUUUUGUUUUAAUUACUGAAGUAUGGCUACAGUCUUGUGUGUAAUACAGUAUGUAUUGGAUAAUUUUUUUUUUUGCUUGUGCCAUUACAUUUCAUUUCCCUGUAAAAGGAAAACUGUGAAGAGAGGCUUACUAUGGUCCUUCAUCUCAACUCCAGUUACACAUCAUAAUGCCAAUAGGAACGAAAGUCUUAAAUUAAUUACUGCAUCUGAAGGAUCGACUGUUGUUGGUGUUUAGUUAUGAGGCUGAUGUUUCUGAUCUUUUUGAUCCAGUAUGUUGUUGCAGGUUCAACACUAUUUAUGCUAAAUUAAGACCUACCAUAAUAGGUCAAAGUGGGAGGGUCUGUGUUAAUUGCACAUGUAAAGCCAGCAUUGGGUUAAUCUGGAAAAUGCACAACUGUUCAACUGGAAUAUUAAAAUGUAACUGUUGGGUUCUGUUUUAAGUUAAAAGGCACAGACAUUAUCAUAUACCUUUUCUGCAAUAUGGACAACAAUCUUAGGAAUAAGCACCUUCACAAAACAUAAAUAUAUAUGUCUAUUCAAAUCUUUAUUAUACAAAAUAACUAGAGCUAGCAUCACUUAUGAAUGAGGGGUGAGACUUGACUGAGAUCUCCUAAUUUGACUUUACAUUAUUUGGCUAAAAGUAAAAUUGAUUGCAAUUAAUCUACUAUUGUAAUGAAAUUUGCUUCCAUUUCUUAUUGACUUAAAGGUUGCAUCGUAGAUGUAUUGUUUACUUGGAUAUCAGUGGUACAUUAUAAUUGAAGGGUAUAAAUCAGUCUGCUAAUGUAAUAAUUCUACCAAUUGACCCAAUCACAUGCUUGGUUUCGGGGAAAAAAAAAAAGAAAAUUGACCAUUUCACCUUAAAAAAAAAAAAAUCAAAUUGGUGCUGUUAUCAGUUUGUGUGAGCCUCAAACCUGUGAAGACUGUGCAACUGCAUAAACACCAUAUGAUUCAUUAGUCAGAGUUUAUGUAGAAUAAAAUAGAGAAUUCAUAUAAUCUACCCUUACAUUCGGGGUUUCUGAAUACUGAGAUCAUAAAUGCAAGAGAGUGGUAAUGACUGUGCCUUAUGGUCAUACUGGAAAAACACAACAUUCCACAUCUAUACUUUGUAAAACUUUACUGACUUCCUUUUUUAUAUUGUUUUGAUAUUAUGGUUGCUUUUCUUCAUGUGCCAUGGGUACAAAAAAAAAAUGAUAAAUUGGAUUAUGAAACUCUA